AUGCGAACAGACAAAAUCUCAAAGCUAAAAAGUGGACUGUUAGCUCAGCAGACUGCAUUUGUACGCCAAACUCAGCUGAAUCAGUCAUCAGUUCGGGCCAGCUUUCGUGUUGCUCAACUAAUAGCAAGCUACGGUAAACCUUUCACUGAGGGAGAGUUUGUCAAGAAAUGUUUGAAUGUUGUCGUGGAGGAGGUGUGUCCCGAUAAGAAAGAUGUCUUUAAUGCUGUGAGUCUAUCGGCAAGCACAAUCACCAGACGCGUGGAAGAAAUAGGGGGUAAUGUAUAUGCCCAGCUGCAGCAAAAGACGAAAGAAUUUGACUUUUUUUCAUUAGCACUGGAUGAGAGCACGGACGUACAGGACACAGCGCAGCUUCUUAUUUUUAUUCGUGGAGUCAGCGCAAACUUUGAGAUGUGCGAGGAGCUGGCAGCCCUCCAAAGUCUGAAAGGCACUACGACGGGGGAGGAUAUUUUCAACAAAGUAUGUCAAACAAUGGAAGAGUUGGAUCUGGACUGGGCAAAGCUUGCUAGCAUCACGACUGACGGGGCUCCUUGUAUGGUGGGCGCAUCUCGGGGCCUAAUAGGACGUAUGAACCGCGAGAUGGAAGAACGGGAGCAAAUUGGACUUAAACACAGGCAGUUCCAACAAUUCCUGUCUGAACUGGAAUCUGCGUACGGAGAUGUGCUGUACUACACAGAGGUCCGAUGGUUGAGCCGCGGCAGAGUUUUGAGGCGUUUUUACGAGCUGCUACCCGAAAUUAAUGCAUUUCUUCAUUCAAAAGGCAAAACGGUCCCAGAGCUGAUCGACCCAGAAUGGAAGUGGCACCACGCAUUUUUAACAGACGUGACGGAAAUGCUGAACGGCCUUAACUUGCAGCUACAAGGCCAGGGGAAACUCAUUUGCGACAUGUAUUCCCACAUAAAAGCAUUUGAGUUGAAACUAGCGCUGCUUUUGGAACAAGUGAAAAAGCACAACUUCACCCAUCUCCCUGCUACCCAAAACCUUUCUGCAGAGAACCCAGCGGUCCUGUUCCCAGCUGAAAAGUGUGUGGAAGCACUGGAAAUGCUGAAGGCGGAAUUCAGUGUGCGAUUCCGUCAACUACAUGCUCAUGCAAAAGAAAUCCGUCUUUUCCAAAACCCCUUUGUUGCCGACAUCGAUGAAGCCCAGCCUUUUUAUCAGUUUGAGCUGGCCGAGUUACAGAACUGUGAUGUUCUGAAAGACGCAUUCAAGCCCAACAAUCUCGUUGACUUCUAUGCCGCCCUCCCAAAUGACCUGUACCCUAACAUAAAAAAACACGCAAUGAAGAUGUCCACACUUUUUGGCAGCACGUAUAUCUGCGAGCAAACCUUUUCACGCAUGAAACUCAUGAAAUCUCCGAUGAGAUCAAGAUUGACAGAUGAACAUCUGCAUCAGUGUUUGAGAGUGGCUGUGACUAGAAUGGAACCGGACAUUCAACUUCUCACCAGAUGCAGGACCAGAUGCAGGCCCACAGUUCACACUGAUGAACAUACAUACAUAAGAGGGAAGUUGAUGAGCGAGAGCAAACAGUGGUGUCUACUAGGCUACCCUACUGGAACCUGCAAAACUGGAUUAUAA